AUGCGGUCACCGGAGAUGUCAUAUACUCCCGCCUACUACCAGAAUCAAGGACCUUUUGGAACGACACAUCCUCGCAGCUCGAUCGUCACCCCUCCACCGGCUACCUGUCGAUCCCAAGAAGAAUCCUCCGUAUUGGGUCACCCCGUAGGCGCAUCUCGACCCUCCUCUCCUAUACCAAGCCGCGACGUCAGUCCCCGUACCUCUGGCUCACGGACACACCGCGUAUACCAUAAUCAGACACUGGGAGCACCUUCCUGGCCCGGCUCAGACCCCCGAGAGGCCGAUUACGUUCCGGCCGGCGACUCAGCAUCAAGUGGCGCACACAAGGAAGAGCGGACCCAGAGCAGUUGGGCAGACCGGCCGUCAUUAAUGUCGGGGGAACAUUCCAACCCGAGCAUAGUCCGUGUGCGAAAACGAGCCAUUCCGGAUGACGAAAUAGUCACCAAUGAGGGCCAAGAUGCUCUCUUGAUGCUGUUUCGUCUCACAAUCGUCCCAUUUUACUCGCUCGGCGCUUCUCUAUAUACCAUCUUCGCCCUCCUCUUCGCCGUUUUGGUCUCACCUUUCCGUCUCUGCUCAUUUUCUCCAUACCUCCGCGCAACGACGUUCGCAUCACAACUUUGCGACCUCCUUUCUCCUGUCCUCCACAUCCAUGAACGACUCGUUUGCUUGCAGCCACCAUCGGUGGAAGACCGAUCAUCAUCGACUCAAUCGACCCAAUGGAUCCGCUCAGAGCCAGAUUCGGACCAACCGUCAGUGCUAUCCGAGCCGAGCGAGGGCUACGCUGUGACUUCUUCACUUUUCGUCCUGGUACUAUCCCCGUUACUCAGCAUCGUGAUCCUCCUCUUCGCAUGGACAGCCGCCUUUUUCUGGGUCUUCUCUAUGGUCCUGGGUAACCCGGACGGCACCGAGCGGAAGGACGACGGCCGCACCGCCGUUCUUGGAGUCUGCAAAUGGUGGCGGUCGUGGCUCUGCAAAGCCCGGAAAUCAUAA